CCUUGCACUUUCUCCUCGCCCUUUCUCUGCAAAUGAAGCUUGUACGUUUCAGAACAAUCCUCCACAGCAUCAAAUCUCAUUUGGGUCUUGGAAAUGUACCGGCUUCAAGCUCGUACUCAACAAAAAAAGCAGAACGAAGCUCGAGAAUUUCGAGAUGGAAAGGCUCGAUGAACGCUCUCUACCGUCGGAUCUCCCCGGUCGGAAAUCCAGGGGUCUCAAUCGUUCCAUUGUUGGACCAGUGGGUCGAAGAAGGACGUCCAGUUGACAAAGAACAACUCCAAGUCUUCAUUAAAGAGUUGCGAUCUUACCGACGAUUCCGUCACGCUCUUGAGAUUUCUAUGUGGAUGACCGACAAAAGAUACUUGCCACCUACAUGUGCUGAUGUUGCCAUUCGGCUGGAUUUGAUAUCUAAAGUUUAUGGUACAGAAAAAGCAGAAAAUUAUUUCAACAAUGUUUCCGAAACAUUAAAGGGCCUUCCAGUUUAUAGUGCCCUACUUAACUGCUAUGCCUGUGUAAAAUCUGUGGAGAAAGCAGAGGCCAUCAUGCAGAAAAUGAGGGAUUUGGGGUUAGCUCGGACAUCGCUGCCGUACAAUGAUCUGCUUAAUCUUUAUUAUCGGACUGCAAAUUACAAUAAACUUGAUAGUUUGAUGCAUGAAAUGCAAGAAAAAUGCAUUGGACAUGAUAAAGUAACGAUGUGUAUACGCAUAAGUGCCUUUGGAGCUACAUCUGAUGUCGAGGGAAUUGAUAAGACUUUGGCAAUGAUGAAAUCAGAUCCCAAUUUUGUUUGGAACUGGGAAGUUUACCAUAGUGCAGCAAGUGGGUAUGCAAAAGCUGGAUUCUUGGAUAAAGCUAUGGAGAUGCUGAAGAAAUCCGAGGAACUAAUAACGGGUAAAAAGAGCAAUAGAGCAUAUGAGUUUCUUAUCACACAAUAUGCAAAGUUUGGGAAGAAAGAUGAUGUUUUAAGACUUUGGGAACUUUACAAGAAGAACCGUAAGAUUUACAAUAAUGGCUAUAUACGUGUCAUACCUUCUUUAUUGAAAUUUGAUGAUUUUGAAACUGCCAAGAAGAUAUUUGAAGAGUGGGAAUCAGUAAAUGUAAGCUAUGAUAUUCGGAUUUUAAACUUUCUAAUUGGUGCUUACUGCAGAAAAGGGCUUUUGGUGGAGGCGGAGAAUCUUUUAGAUGGGGCAAAAUUGAAGGGGGGGAAGCCUAAUCAGAAAACAUUGCUCUAUAUGGCAAUUGGGUAUUUUCAGAAUAAUCAAACUCAAAAAGCAGUGGAAGCGAUGGAAGAAGCAUUAGUGAUUUGUAAAACUGGUUUGAAGCCCAGGAAGGAAAUUUUUUCUGCAUGUCUAAAAUACUUUAUAGGUGAAGGAAAUAUAGAGGGAGCAGAGAAAUUCAUAAAAUUACUUAGGAAUAAGGAUACUAUCUCUGUGGAGCUCCAAGAUAGAUUGUUGAAUUAUGUCCAGAAUGGGAAAUCAAACGUGGAUGAACUUAGUGCGUUUUUUGGUGAUUCUUUGAAUCAAAAUGGAGAAUCACAUUUAGAGCCCGAACCCUGUUUUAAUCAUUCUCUGCGCUUUCUCCUCGCCCUUUCUCUGCAAAUGAAGCUUGUACGUUUCAGUGCAAUCGUCCACAGCAUCAAAUCUCAUCUGGGUCUUGGAAAUGUACCGGCUUUAAGCUCGUACUCAACAAAUAUAGAAGAACGAAGCUCGAGAAUUUCGAGAUUGAAAGGCUCGAUGAACGCUCUUUACCGUCGGAUCUCUCCGAUCGGAGAUCCAAGUGUCUCAAUCGUUCCAUUGUUGGACCAGUGGAUCGAAGAAGGGCAUCCCGUUGACAAAGAACAACUCCAAGCCUUCAUCAAAGAGUUGCGAUUCUACCGACGAUUCAGUCACGGUCUUGAGAUUUCAAUGUGGAUGACUGACAAAAGAUACUUGCCACUUACAUCUUCUGAUGUUGCCAUUCGGUUGGAUUUGAUCUCUAAAGUUCAUGGUACAGAACAAGCAGAAAAUUAUUUCAACCAUGUAUCGGAACGAUUAAAGGGCGGUGCAGUUUAUAGUGCUCUUCUUAACUGCUAUGCCAGUGUAAAAUCUAUGGAAAAAGCAGAGGCUACCAUGCAGAAAAUGAGGGAUUUGGGGUUUGCUCAGACAUCGUUGGCUUACAAUGUUCUGCUUAAUCUUUAUUAUCAGACUGCAAAUUAUGACAAACUUGAUAGUCUGAUGCAUGAAAUGCAAGAAAAAGGCGUUGGACAUGAUAAAUUUACAAUGGGUAUACGCCUGAGUGCCUUUGGAGCUACAUCUGAUGUCGAGGGAAUUGAUAAAACUCUGGCAAUGUUGGAAUCAGAUCCCAAUUUUGUUUGUGACUUGAUAGUUUACAAAACAGCAAGUGGGAACGCAUAAGCUGGACUCUUGGACAAAGCUGCGGUGAUGCUGAAGAAAUCUGAGGAACUAAUAACGGGUAAGAAGAGCAAUAGAGCAUAUGAGUUUCUUACCACACAUUCUGCAAAAUUUGGGAAGAAAGAUGAUGUUUUAAGACUUUGGGAACUUUACAAGAAGAACCAUAAGAUUUACAAUAAAGGCUAUAUAUGCGUCAUAUCUUCAUUGUUGAAAUCUGAUGACAUUGAAAGCGCCAAGAAGAUAUUUGACGAGUGGGAAUCAGUAAACGAAUUCUAUGAUAUUCGGAUUUUAAACUGCCUGAUUGGUGCUUAUAGCAGAAAAGGGCUUUUUCAGGAGGCGGAAAAUCUUAUAGAUGGGGCAAAAUUGAAGGGGGGGAAGCCUAAUCAGACAACAUGGAUCCAUAUGGCAAUUGGGUAUUUUCAGCAUAAUGAAACUCAAAAAGCAGUGGUAGCGAUGGAAGAAGCAUUAGUGAUUUGUAAAAUUGGGUGGAAGCCCAGGGAGGUAAAUUUUUCUGCAUGUCUAAAAUACUAUAUAGGUGAAGGAGAUAUAGAGGGAGCAGAGAAAUUCAUAAAAUUACUUGGGAGCAAGGAUAUUAUCUCUGUGGAGCUCCAAGAUAGAUUGUUGAAUUAUGUCCAGAACAGGAAAUCAAACAUGGAUGAACUUAGUGAGUUUUUUGGUGAUUCUUUGAAUGAAAAUGGAGAAUCACAUUUAGAGCCCGAAUCAAAAAAAGAAGAUGGAGCAUGA